UUCGAAGAAAUGGGACUUGAAUCCACCGUUAUAGUUUUGUCAGCUUGAGUAACCGUUUCUGAUACGUACCCGAUUUCACUUUCCAUCCACUUGAUUAGCAUAUCAAACCUUGAUUCAGAAUCAGUGUUUACAGUAGACGUCAGGAUCAUAGAAAGAAAGGAUGUCAUCCGACGUACGUAGGCGUCCGAUCACAAACGCCGCUGACGGAACAUCGGAUUCCUCUUCUUCACCAUCACCGGAUGUCGAUUUCAAUAGUAAUGACCAGAUCGCUGUUGCUCACCGGAAGCCAAACGGUGAAAACGAUCGGAGAAGAAGCGUCAUGCAUUACGCCUAUCGCCCCUGCACUCCUGCUCAUAACCGAAUCAAAGAGUCUCCUCUCAGCUCUGACGCCAUUUUUAAACAGCAGAGUCAUGCAGGCCUAUUUAACCUCUGCAUAGUGGUGCUUGUUGCUGUAAACAGCAGGCUCAUCAUUGAGAAUCUUAUGAAGUAUGGUUUAUUGAUCAAUGCAAAUUUUUGGUUUAGUUCAAGAUCAUUGAGAGACUGGCCACUUCUUAUGUGCUGUCUGUCACUUCCAGUCUUCCCACUUGCUGCAUACAUCGUUGAGAAAUUUGCAUGGACCAAACGUAUAGCCGACUCUGCUGCUAUCACUCUUCAUAUUAUAAUAACUACAAUAGCCAUUCUGUAUCCAGUUUUUAUGAUCAUGAGGUUUGAUUCAGCCGUUCUAUCAGGCGUGACACUGAUGUUGUUUGCUUGUGUAAAUUGGUUGAAGUUGGUAUCUUUUGUGCAUGCAAAUUAUGAUAUGCGCAUGCUAGUGAACUCAGCUGAUAAGGAGAAAGAGAAAUCUGCAUCUUCAAAUAUCGAGUACUUUUAUGAUGUCAACUUUAAUAGUUUGGCGUACUUCAUGGUUGCUCCCACAUUAUGUUACCAGAUAACCUAUCCUCGCACCACAUGUAUCCGAAAGGGUUGGGUGUUAAGGCAGACGAUCAAAUUCAUAAUAUUUACAGGGGUGAUGGGAUUUAUAAUUGAACAAUAUAUUAACCCCAUUGUUAGAAACUCGCGGCAUCCACUAAAAGGGGACUUUUUAUACGCUAUAGAACGUGUGUUGAAGCUUUCAGUUCCAAAUUUAUACGUUUGGCUGUGUAUGUUUUAUUGCUUUUUUCACCUUUGGUUAAAUAUACUUGCUGAAGUUCUUCGUUUUGGUGACCGUGAGUUCUAUAAAGAUUGGUGGAAUGCACAAACAGUAGACGAGUACUGGAGACUUUGGAAUAUGCCUGUUCAUAAAUGGAUGGUGCGUCAUAUAUAUUUUCCAUGCUUACGGAUUGGAAUACCCAAGGGAGGUGCCCAUUUGAUUGCAUUCUUUAUGUCUGCAGUGUUCCAUGAGCUUUGUAUUGCGGUUCCCUGCCAUAUUUUUAAGUUUUGGGCCUUUCUUGGGAUCAUGCUUCAGGUGCCAUUGGCGUUGGUCACAGAUUUCUUGCAACGCAAGUUCCAGAAUUCGAUGGUGGGAAACAUGAUGUUUUGGUGCUUUUUUUGCAUUCUUGGUCAACCCAUGUCUGUGUUACUCUACUACCAUGACUUGAUGAAUAGAAAAGUCAACACCAAAUAAAUAUCCCUCAAAACUAGAAUAUGAUUUAUUGCAGUUACUUUUGCAGGUAAGAUUGGUGUAUUCUUAAUGAUAUUUUACUAUUCCUUUUGUUUAAGAAUAUAUUUUGGGUAUUUUAUUA